AUCACCAGCUAGUUUCUUUGAAAACAAAACAAAUAAAAUGGUGUCAAGAGUGGAAGAAGCAAUGAAAAUAAGGCAACAACAGGAGGUGAAAAAUUACCAAGUACAAAAGCAAUUGAUGCAAUGCAACAAAGGAAAAACAAACAAGUUCAAGAGGAGCAGCUCUAAUGUUGAAGAAGAUGGUGCUUCUUCUGCUAUUCUUUUGCUUGCUUGUAUUGCUUGUGCCUCCUCCCAUCACCUAUAGAAAAAUUAAUUAUAGAUUAUCACCACCUUGUUAACCAAAAUAUUAACGAUAUGCAGUCACUAAUAAUUAUUCGUCUCUGUUUCAUUUUAUAUGACACUCUUUGUUUUUUU